GCUGCCUCGAGACGCUAGUGCAAAAGUCUCACGGCCAGCACUCUCGUAUCAUCAUUUCCGAGGUCUUCAAGUACCUGGACAGCCACCUGCAGUGGCAGCCCAACCAAUUGUGCGUCGACGUCGUCACGGCAGUUAUCAGCCGACUGCAGACGCAGGACCAGAACAUGGUUAUAGUCGAGACCUUGGCCUUCCUGACCGACGGCACCCUGUCGUCACACAUGUACCUGGAGAGCGGCCGUCACCGAGAAAAUAGCGUGCUCGCGAGCAUGGAGAAGGACACGGCCGAGCACGGCGCGGGCGAUUCGGGCAAGACCAGCAACCGGCGGACGUGCAUCAUUCGCAUUCUCGAAAGCAUGUUUUGCCAGCCCUACGUUCUGGUCGGCAUAUCGGUCAUGGAGGCUCUCAACGUGUUGGUCACCUUUUUGCUCGAGACCGUCGCUGGCGACCGGCCUGCAAUGCCCGACUACAGCCUUUUCGAGUCCGCAUUGACCACUGCCACAAGCCCCGCGGCUGCUGCUGUUUCGGACGGCCCCGGCCUCAUUGAUUCGACUGGCCCGCUCUCGGACUAUUACCACCUGCUGGCCGCGAUCGGCGGCCUGGCCAUGCACCAGUACUACAGUAGCCAGCUGGCAGACAUGGUCGGCUACUUGGUGUCGCAGAUGCAGCUGGGGGAUGAAUCGGGGUCUACUCAGAGGCAGCAGUGGCUCCUGCAGGCCGCAGACCCGGGGUGGGCCAGCGCGUGGAGCCCGGGGCUGGUCGACGCAGUGUAUUGCAAGCUGAGCGGGUCGCUGGUCCGUGCGUACGCCUACCAGCCCACUGCGCUGCGCUCUGCGCCUACGCCGCGACAUUAGCCAUUUUUUGCGAGCUCAUUGACAUACAGGGCGCAAACAGCGUGUACAACACAGUUUGGGCGCUUGACGAGGCUACGCCCGCGCAGGAGAACAGUUCUUG